AUGGGCGGGAAGAGUCAGGCCAGAAUCCAGAGCUUCUUCAGGAAGCGAAAACACGUUUCCGCGGACGCCGAUGACAACCCAUCUUUUGGAGAGCUAGCCACUGAAGGGGAAGUACGAUAUCCUGUUAUUGACUUGGAGGAAGAGGCCAUGCCGUUAAUUGAGUCGGAGAUACAGAUAUCUGGGACCUCGAACUUCUCUCCGGUCAGGAUAGGUGGCAGAAUAGCGGCAUCGGGGAGGCCGAAAAAGCAGUACAAACGCACGCGGAAGUACGAUGCGAGCUAUCUCAGAUUCGGAUUCAUUCAAGAGCCCGGUAGCGAAUUCGAGCCUAGGCCGCUGUGCAUUGUUUGUUCGGAGUGCCUAUCGAAUGAAGGAAUGAAGCCGUCCAAACUUCAGAGGCACCGAGAUUUGAAACAUCCCGAUCUGGCUUGCAAACCGUUGGAGUACUUUCAGAGAAUGCGAGACGAACUCAAGCAGCAACAGAAUUCAAUGAGAAAUAUGACCCUUGGUGACAAUAACUCCCAGAUGAGAGCCUCGUAUCUGAUAUCGCUCGAAAUCGCGAAGAACAAGAAAGCAUACGUCAUCGGCGAGGAAUUGAUAAAACCAUGCAUCCUACUGGCGAGUCAGGAGGUGAUCGGACACGACGCUUACCAGAAACUCAGAGGUAUCUCCCUGUCGCGCAACACGGUGAAACGGAGAAUCGAGCACAUGGCCGAUAACAUCCAAGAUCAAAUUAUCGAUUUGGUCAAGAAGUCGACAUUCUACUCGAUCCAGAUCGACGAGUCAACAGAUCUGACGAUAAAGCCGUAUUGCAUACCGUGGAAGAACUGCAUUGGGGUAUGCACGGACGGAGCCGCUAAUAUGACAGGACGUCUGAUGGGUUUCACAGCAAGAGUCAAGAAGGUCGGACACCCCAACUUGCUGAGCACCCAUUGCAUCAUACAUAGGGAACAACUGGUUGCGAAACGACUCUCUCCACAAUUGCACAGCGUUUUGUCUGAUGUGGUCCGCAUUGUGAACGAGAUUCGUUGCAAACCAUUGAAUUCGCGUAUCUUCGAAGCUCUCUGUGAGGAAAUGGGUUCUCAGUUUUCCCAUCUCCUCUUGCAUGCAGAAGUCAGGUGGUUGUCUCGUGGGAGAGUUCUCAAUCGACUUCUUUCUUUGUUGCAAGAAGUUAAGAAUCACCUCAGCGAGGGAGUGGUCGUAAUCGUCCGGGAGCAUUUACAAACCCUCAUGGAUUUGUUCGGUAAAUACUACCCGGAGCAAGAAGAUCCCAGAAAUGGCAGUCUCUGGAUUCUGGAUCCGUUCACCGCGAAAAUUGACGACACGAACUUGUGCAUGAAAGGGAAAGAAAGCUUGCUGGAUCUCGCUUCAGAUGCGAGCCUGCAGAUGAAGUUCCACGCUUCGUUGUCGAGAGCUCAUUUUUGGCUCGGAGUUGGACAAGAAUACCCGAUGCUGAGCGCGGAAGCGAUGAAGAUUUUGGUGCAAUUCUCCACAACUUACCUCUGCGAGAAAACGUUUUCAUCUGUCACUGCCAUCAAGACUAGAUAUCGGACUUCCCUCGAGAUGCACGCGGAACUUCGACUAGGAGUUACGAAUCUAGCGCCUCAGAUCGACGCGAUCUUGUCGUCGAAGCAAGCACAGGUAUCGCACUAA